AUGUGGUUAAUGGUGUGUCAGAGAUCUCUGGCAUCUCUGGAGAUGUCAGCGUACGUGUUCCUCAUUGUCUACCACCAGGUGACCUUAAUCUCCUACGGCUGGGUUUUGUGCUGCACAGUGCUGGCUACACCCUUGUGUAUGUCCUCAUUGAGGCAUUUCUUCCUGGUCUUUGUUGCUCUGAUCCUCACUGUCGAGCGUGCCCUCCGACGACGUCGUGCUGCUGCCCGACGUGCGUGGCACUUGCACCGUCGUGGCUUGGUCAAGCUCAGCUCGAAGAAGCUGAGUUUGGUUUUUGCUACGCUCCAAGCACACCAUUCGAAGGACUGGCAUUUCCUUCGCCUGAUAGCAACCGAGAUGGCCGCUUCCUCCAGUUCAGGUUGGCUAUGUGGCACGUGCCGCAAGAUGCGUUCUCCCAACGCGUGGUUUUGCGACCUUUGUGGUGGCAGUUGGGACGUUUGUGCCAUCGAGCCGGCCUCAUCGCGGGGACAGACUUCAUGGAACCAGCGUGCAAAAAGCCCGCGGCAGCGUACUCGACCGAAGUCGCGCAGAAAGCAACAAGCAUGGCAGAGCGACGCAACAACUACGCAGGAGAUUCAUCCUCUGUGGGCCAAUUCAGGUGGUCCAUGGUCGACAGCAUAUGCUCAAGACCCCAAGGGAACUGGCAAAGGACUUGCUUUGCCAUCCAUGGCUGCCCCUCCGCCGCCACCGCCGCCACUGUUGAUGAACCCUCAGCUUCCUCAAGGAGUUCCUUGGAUGCCUGCUCAGAUGCCUGCUAUGCAAUCAAUGCAAUUCAUGACGCCACCUGUGGACACUAUGGCCAUGCCUUUGCCUCAACAGGCACCUCCGGAAUCCUUGGACCCAGAGGACUACAAGGCAGCUCUCAGUGCACAACAGAAGUUGAACAAGAUCAUGAAAGCAGCAAAAAAGGAAGAGAAUUUGUCGCCAGAGUUUCAAACUCUUGUGCAGACAGAAAAGAAGAAGGACGACAAGGAGAGCACGAACAAUCUCCUAGCUGCUGUCCGUGCCCAUGGCAAGGCCAAAGAGGCAUUGGUCGAGGUAGAAAGCAGCCGUAUGCAACUUUGGGCGCAAUGGCGCACCUUCUUGCAACAGUCCGUCAUCAAAUGGAAAGAAUACACCUCCCAGUUUCAGGCAUCCGAGGUAGCGUUCCAGAAGCGAAUGCAAGAAGCCACUUCGACUCUUCGAAAAGCACAGAGACGUGUCGACUUGGCCAAGAAACGUGCGGAUGCCACUGCGGAGGAUGGGGUUCACUAUGUUACAGACGACGAGAUGGAAGAGUCGGAAGCCUUCGAAGAACCGGAGGUCCCAAAGGACGAGAACGCCAUGAAAAUCCAAGAGGGUCUGGAUCAAGUGGUGUCGAGCCUCACGGUCCUCUCCGAGUCUGCGGAGAAAUUGGAGCCCAAAACGAAACGUCCACGCACAAAGGACGACGAUGGUGGACACAAUGCCUCACCAUCCUUGCAGCCUUUUGCGAAGGCCGAUGUUCUUGAACCCCAUGCCAUUGAUCUUCAUUGGGGACACUCGAUUUUGGAGGAGCCAUCUUUCCUUGCCCCGUGGAGUGCAAUUGAUCAGGCAGCUGAUUUAGCGCUGGAGUUGGGUGAGCCCGGCCACAUCGUUGUCACGAACUUUGCAUUUCCCUCUUCGAAGAGAAUGCGUACUCGAUCCAAACGUGUCAGUUUUGAUGAGCAAGUCCAAGUCUUUCUGGGGAAAGACGCAAUUCAGAAGUUCCACCCUGAAAGGACUUGCCUGAAUGAUCUUGAUCCAGUUGAUGGUGCAGCUGAGGUUCCUCAAUAUGUCUAUGGGAGACAGACCACCACAGGAGCCGCUGGGAGUUCCACACCCGGCUCGUCAUCUUCCGCCCCUGCAUCUCAUCUUCUGGAUCGGCGAUUGCCCAAUGACUUGGCUGGAUAUAUCCACCACCUCCAACAGCUUUGGCGUGAUGAUCACAUUCGACUACAAUCAGGAGAACAAUAUUCAUUGCGUACUUGUUUUCUUCAUCACGUCCAUCAGCGCUGUUGGAAAGUUCCUAGAGUUGUGCGACUUCCAGAUGAUCCUCGUCUUUGGCAUGCUUUCAUUUUGCAUACAUGGCGUGACCAGUUGCACAAUGACGAGCCUUUGAACGUUGCGGUUGCAUUUCCAAGAGUACGAUCACGUCCUUCCACAGUUGCCAUUCAUGCAGAUGUCAUCCUGACACAGGGUGCGCACGAUGAAUGUGGUGGUCUGGUGACUGUAUAUCCACCUGGCAGUGAAGAUGACAUGCACUACAUCUGGGCUGCUUCCUACCCCAGACAUGUUAGUGGCUGGCAGAUUUUGGACGGAGUUGGUGCAAGUGAACUGGUUCAGACUCAUGCCUGUGAUCUUUUUCAUGGCGGCGUUGUUGUCCCGGUCACCACCCAACCCACGCACAUCAUGGCAAAUGGCCACUCCUUUGUUGCGGUCUUCCAGGAUCUUGCUGGCGCUUCGUUGCCAUCUUCUUCUGCGAGUGUCGCGCCCCAUGACCAAGGUGUGAUCGUUUCUGAUGUUGCUGCAGAUGAUGUACAUCACGAAGAUGUGGCUGAAGAAAGUCCCGCUGUCACCAGCUCCAGCUUUGAUGAGGAAGAUCUGCAAGGAGUGCAAGUCUUUGGUCUUCAUCAGCCCCCGCAUCAUUGCUUUGUUCGAUGGAGUACCUACAACGUUCUGCUGUUUGACAUUUUGCACUCCAUUGGUUUGCAUCGAGAUAUUGCUGUUGGUCAUCAUUACAUUCCAGUUCAACUGGUUGACCAACAUGAUGCUGAGGAAGCAGUGAUUCUCCAACGGGUCGGCGAUGUGCCUAGUGGUUCUCCCGACCGUUUGGUCUUGGUCGACAUUGUAUAUCAGACUCGCACAGGACAUCAAAGCAGCUACUAUCGACGGGUACGUUUGCUGCCACAACGCCUUCAUCGUGAUGAAGUUUUUGCAGCUUUGAACCUGCACAAUCCUUGCGUUCAAUAUCCUGAUGCCUGUCGACUGUUUUGCAAUGACGUGAUUUGGCCACCAGACGAGUUGCUGAGUCGUGAACUUCGGCAUGGUGCUUAUAUCCGGGUUGUCAUCCGCAGAGAGGGUCACACCGAAUGCCUUCAACAUCCAGAUGAAGGUCCCUCCAAAAGACGCAGAACGAAUUUUGAGACCGCUGGUUCAGGUAGCGCAUUUCCUGAUCAAGAUGGAUCUUCUCUAUUUCAGUCAGUUGCUGUCUCCAGAAGCGGUGUUGAACCCUCCUCUAUGCUUGCUUCGCAGUUUCAAGAUGGAGUGUCUCCAAAAGCAACAUGUUUGGAUGCUGUUUACGAGCGAGGUCAUCGUCAACCAAAAGCUUGCAGUGCCAUAUUUUCCAGUCUGGCAGCCACUCAUCACUCCAGUUUUGAGGUCGCUUCAGCCUUUGCUCGGCCUCCACAGGCCAGUGAGCGACAUUGGAUGCUGCCGAUGCGUAUGGCGUUCGCAGAGUUUCUCACCUCCUCUGCGGAAGACGCGUCCUUGGAGCUGACAGUUACCACUUGGUACUUGCAUCAUGGACGUUAUCAACGCUCUGCUGAAUCACGAUUGCUUAGCCUUGAUGCACACCAUACAUUGUGGUACCAUGACAUUUGUGAUUUGUGGGCAGACAUCAUGGAUCCUACUCAAGCUGCACAGGUGCAUUUCGUGCGUUUUGGACCCCUGCCAGAUUUUGAGCACCCAGUACCCAUCCACUUGCUAUUGGUGCAAGGACACAGCCCCUUAGUGCCUGUGUUGCUCACUGCACUAUUUGAGCAUGAAGUUCACCGACGAGCCUGGCAUCUCGCAGCGCUUGUUCAAGAGUUUACUUCUGAAAGUGAUGUUUGGGACAUUCUGGGUACCAAUCGAUUUUGCGCACAGCGGAUUUGUCAUUUGCAUGUGAACAGCCAACGUGUUCCUCAACAAGAAGCCCUGCAGACUCAACCUGGUGACCACCUACGUGUUACCAUUCUGCCGCAACAAGUUGAUGCUGAAACUGAUGGCGCUUCAUUCAUGCAGCACAUGACUUCGGUUCCUUUGCCCGAUGAUGAGUGUCGAGCAGCACCUCAAUUUGCACUGCCUGCAGGCUCUCCUGACGACUCUCGUUGGCGGGCUAGCUUGGCUGACUCCUUCUAUGACAGUGCAGUCAUUGAGGUUGAGGAAGAAGGUUCAGUGCUUUACGUCUGGACGUGGUUCAUCAAUCAUCAAACUUUUCGGCAAUGUGCUCAACCACGUAUUGUGCGCCUUGGUCGAUGUGAAAAUGACUGGCUACCCUCUAUGCUGGACCCAUGGCAAGAUCGUAUGCAGCAAGAUGCUCCGACUCAGAUUGGAGUGGUUCAUGCGCGACCGCCGCAUGACAUGAUGAAGAUUGACACGGUGCACAUCAUGAUUGAACAACUGCCAGCCGAACCAGUCAUUGCAGGCGUUGUUUCUGUGAUUUUUCAUGAAGACACCAAAGAUCGACUUCUUCAACGUGCACUUUCUUUGCCACGCUGGCUCUGCACUGAUGACAUGGUGAAUAUCAUGGAGUUGAAUCCAAUUUGUGGGUUGCAGCGAUGUUCUGCACGAGUUGGACGCAUUCCAUUGGAACAAUUCAUCCGGCAUGAUCUCCCUUCAGCAGCCAGCAUUGAAAUGCAUAUCCAGCCUGCUCAAUGCCAGGGAGAUCCUCAUGCUGCGAGCUCGAUGCAUCCUUAUGUGCCGCGUCCAUUGAUGCCUGUGUCUGGAAGAUCUUUGAUGCAAACUUCACGGCGAUGGCAACGAGCACGACGUCAGCGAGAAGUAGUCUCUGAGGGUGAACCCAGUGAUCGUUUGGAAGAUGAGCAUCAUCAGAUUCCACAGAGAAUUGCUGCAUGCGCCUCAAAUGCGCCACAGCAGCCACUGAUUGCCCCAAUGUGGCCCACGACCUGGACCACUCUACAUGACGUAUGGAGUUUCUUUUUCAAUCAUGCGAACCAACCUUUCGGCCUCCAAAUCCGUGCUGCCGUAUGGUAUUCUGAUCAUUUGCGCCGUCCUUGGUCUGAUGAUUAUCGCCUGAUCACCUUGGAUGCUCAAUUGGAUACAUGGCCAGCCCACAUUGUUCAAGCGUGGCAUGAUUGGUUUCUAGCUGACAGUCCGUUUGAGAUUCAUGUGGUGCAUCCUGCCCCACUUGGAGCCAACGCAGAGGCGCAGUUUCAUGUGAUCCUACUCCAGCAGCCUGGUCCGCUUCACAAAUCGGUCGUUGUGACAGUGAUGGAUUCAAUCACAGACCCAUGGCAGCCAGGACAGAUUGCUGUGGUGGUUCCCAACGCCAUUGAUCACUUGGCGCUACUGCACGUUGCUGUAGUUGAGUUCCAAUGUCCACCGAUAACUAUGACUGCCCAUUGCUCCACUUCGUUUGGUCAUACGGAUCUCACGGCAGGAAAUUUGUUUCCUGUGCGCCAUGGCAUGUGCUUCACGGUCGCAGUCGAUACUACCACUACGACAACUCCCUCCUGGCCUAUUUUAAGUUCAGAUCGGGUCUCCAUGGCUCCAGUUUCUGGCCUUCAUCUUGUUCAGCUGCGUGCCCGCCUUCACACAAUUCAUCAAGGAUCAGAACCCUUGCAGUGGCAGAGCAACAUGCUGAUCGAAAUUCUCAGCAAAGCGGAUGACUGUUUUCAGUCGCCUGCUGUGACCCCUAUUGUUGCGCUAGAAGCUGUAGAUGUCAAUACGGCUUCCUGCCAAGAUGGACCCAUUGCGACCAUCACACAGCAGGCGUAUCCACAUGCUGAGGUAUAUGGCACUGACACACAGCCACAUUCAAAGACGCUGGACAACACAGUCGGCCAUUCUGUUGCUGGAGAGGUCUCGCACGAAGUAGAGGCUGCAGUUCGACACCCUCUUCGUCUUGAAGAUAUGGUGCCGCCACCGAUGUGGACCUAUGUUGACUGCUCGUUGAUUGAUGCUCUUCGACAGCGUCUCUAUGAAUUUGGUCCUCCGGCAGUGCAGUACGACCUGGCUGGUGUGCGAUGCACUCAAGCUACAAGCAAUGCGCUUCACGGCAUGCCCCUUUGGACCAAUGAAGUGCCACUUGCUUUUGAAUUCUACACGGACGGAGCCUUUCGACGCUCUCGACAUACGGCUGCUUCAGGAGUUGUCCUGAUUGUGUACACAUAUGACGGCCCAUGCUUUGGUGGUUAUCUCACAUCUUGGUGCUUCUCCACGCCUUCUGCACCCAGAGCAGAAGUGACGGCCGUCACCCUUGCAGUUCAUUGGGCGUGCCAUCUUGUUCUCAAUCUCGGCUUUGCGUACACAAAGAUCGGCUUCCUGUUCGACAAUGUCUACGCAGGUGCAGCUGCUCAAGGUCGAUGUGCGUCAGCCCUGAACUACGAUCUGAUACCCAUUGUUCGUUCGCUGACGCUGUGGUUAGAGCAGAUCUCCUUUGUCGAACUUGCAUGGAGUCAUGUACAAGGUCACUCUGAACAUCCGUGGAACGAUUUGGCUGAUGCAGUAGCCUAUGGUGCCAUUGAUCAAAACUACGUUACCACCGACAUUUGUGCAUUGGUUCAACGUUGCGGCGGUGAUGAGUCUGCCUUAGUUGUCCUCCAGUGGCUCUGGCUGUACGAGAAAUCUUUGCGAGGUGAUGCUGAUGCACCCGUCCUCCAUGGAUUGCAAUGGCGCUUCAACACCGGUGCACCUCUUGCUCAUCAGCCUGUGCUAGACGUGCAACCAUUUGAACUUCGCAAGACUGAACGACCAGCAGAAGAAGUUCCCUCCGACUCCCUUUGUCUGCGUCUGGCGACAGCAAAUGUGCUCACUUUGUUUCCACAACAUGAAGCAGCUUCCUCCUUUUUAGGAGCCAGAGCAGAACACCUUGCUUCCCAAUUUCGUGAUGCCAAAAUUCACUGUGCUGGACUCCAAGAAACCCGGUGUCGCAAGGUUGGGCAUGAGUUCUUUGAGGGGUACCAUGUUUUAUCUGCCAAAGCGACAUCGCGUGGUCAUGGAGGUAUCCAGUUGUGGAUCGCCCAGGUCAUACCAACCCAAGGUGAGCCUUUACAUAUUACCCAUGAGCACUUACGCAUCCUUUAUGGUGAUGAGCGACGGCUCUUUGUUCGACUACGACAUCCUCGCUUGGCACUGUUGUUCAUAGUCUUGCAUGCGCCUUGCUGCGACGAUGAGCAGGAGAUCCAGCAGUGGUGGUCUUCUACCAGUGCCCUCUUUCCAGGACAAUACCGAACUUGGACAUGUGCCAUUUUGUGCGACUCCAAUGGGCGCCUUGGUUCAAUCACAUCGAAAGCUGUUGGAGGUUUUGGUGCUGAACAAGAAACCAUUCGUGGUGCAGCCUUCCAUGACUGGCUUGUUGCUCACAGCCUGAUUCUGCCACAGACGUUUGUCGAGUCCCAUCAUGGAGAGCAUGAUACAUGGACGCAUGCAGAAGGAUCGCAAGGACGCUUGGACUUUAUUGGAGUUUCCGACAAUGUGCCCCUGGCAAACUUGCGCACGUGGGUUUCAGAUGACAUUGACCUCUCCAUUGCACGGCGUGAUCAUCAAUGUGUGUGUGCGGAUGUGUGGCUUCCGAUGACACGUCCAGCUCCUGCCAGAAGUGCCACUUUGCCAUUACCAGCUGAGCAGCCACGGUUUUCAUGGGACUGGGACGUGCACACACACGCAGCACGGUUACAGCUUCAUCUGAAGCGGCAACUUAUGUCGCAACCCAUGAGACGCUUGCGCAAGAAGCACCUUUCGGAGGAGACUUGUGAGCUGAUCACACACAAGAGGCGAGCCCUGCGCACACUCCAGGCUGCAAAGGCUGACUCUCGAGCAGUGCGACUUCGGCUUUGUUUCAAUGGAUGGCGAUCAUUUACCAGUGGAUCGGCUAAUACAUCGAGCAGCACUUUCCAUUGUGAUCUUGCCAGCGCCAUUGCCGCUGAGAAGUACCGUUUGGCCACGUUGCGUGUCUGUUAUGCCGUACGACAAGAUGAUCGGCGGUUUUUUGAUGACCUUGCUGAGCACACUGGCAUGAUCGCUGAGAAAGGCAUUCACAGAAUCUGGGACGCGAUCAAACCCUUGUUGCCAAGAGCCAAAAACCGUCGCAAAAGCAACAUUCGGUGCGCAGGACCUACAGUUGCUCAGCAAGCUGACCAUUACUGUGAGCUUGAGGCUGGCGUCCCGACUUCCUAUCAAGACUUAUUGCAACAGUGCCAUUCAUCCCAGUUUGACUUACGUGUAGACCAGCCUCUGGUCUCAUCCCUGAAACAAAUGCCAUCCAGGCUUGACGUUGAAAAUGCCCUUCAACGUUUGACUGCACAGAAAGCUCCUGGCAUCGAUGGAAUUACUCCAGGUUGCCUGCGAGAUGCUGGCCCUCAGAUUUCUGAGGUUGUUUCACAGCUGUUUAUGAAGAUGUGGUUGACGGGAACCGAGCCAGUACAAUUUAAAGGAGGAAUUCUCCUCUCCAUUUCCAAGAAGAGCAACAGCCGUGAGGUGUCGAACAUGAGGGGCAUAAUGCUCAUUGACGUGCUUGGGAAACUGGCGCACUCUCUUUUGCAUACCAGGUUCUUGCCGGCACUUAUCAAGUGGAAAGCGCCCCUUCAAAUGGGAGGAUUCCCAACAUGUUCAACCGUGUUUGCCACCCAUUAUUUGAGAUCCUUCCAUGCAAAGACGCGUGACCGCAAGCUUGCUUCAGCGGUACUGUUUCUGGAUGUGAAAAGUGCAUUUCACAGCAUGAUCAGACAAGUGUUGUUCGGUCCUGCGCAGACUUUGCCCCCACAUCUCAGAACAAUUUUGCGUGAUGCAGGUUGUGACCCCGAUGCUUUGUGUCAGAUGUUUGAGCAGACGUCGUCGUCGUUUCAUGCUGAUGUUGCAGAAGCAGAUCGUCGUCUUCUUCAAGACGCACAUCUCAGUACGUGGUUUGGGCUUCCAGGCACUGAUGAUGCAUUCAGCACGGCUCGUGGGAGCCGCCCCGGCAGUCCCCUGGCCGACAUUGUGUUCAAUGCGAUGAUGACUCAUGUUCUUCGUGACCUGCAUUGCAAGUUGGAAGCCCACCCUACGUUGCAGCAUGGCUUUCACGAACUUGGGAUGAUUGCUCCACCAGUUGCAUGGGUCGACGACGUUGCGGUGCCGGUGGUUGUAGCCAGUUGCAAUCUUUUGGAAACUACGCUUGCAGAGGUUGUCCAUAUCACUCACGACGUUUUCUUGCAAUUUGGUCUUUCUUUGAAUUUCAAGGCCAAGAAAACGGAAGCAGUGGUCUCAUUUCGAGAGAAUUCGGCGCCAGCCCACCGGCAUUCUCUCUUUGUCGAACGGCUUGGCAAACUGGAUAUUCCUCCAUUGCACAUGCAGCUGCAAUGUGUUGCGUCCUAUGAGCAUUUGGGCACUAUCUUUGCAGCCGAUUGCACCCUACAGCGUGAAGUUGCUCACAGACGCACGAAGGCCAUUCAAGCAAUGCGUCAAGUCGGUAAAUCCAUUCUUCGCAACCGCCACGUUGCGAUUGGCACCAGGUUGAAGUUGUUCGAAUGUCUCAUUGUUCCAGUCAUAUUGCAUGGUGCUGGAAAUUGGGAUUUGCUACCUCACCGGUUGUACCACAGUCUACAUGCGAGUAUCAUGUCAUGGCAAAGGUCGAUCAUCAAUGACGGAUGCUGGACACCGAACCAACAUACAGAUUUUGAACUGCAGUGUCUUUGGAAGUUGCCGCCUUUGUCUCUGAGAUUGGCGAAAGCUCGGCUUUUGUACGCAUUUCACUGCAUCAAGUCUGCGCCGUCCCUGGUUGUCGACUUUGUGACUUCGGUAGCUCAUCAACCCCAGAGCUGGUUUGCAGCCCUGCGCCAAGCUCUGGCCUGGCUUGCGAGAAUGGAUGCUUCAUUUUGUCCUCCAGACAUUCACAACGGUUCAGUUGAACGCAUUUUGGAUUGGUUUUCUGCCCAGAGUGUUCAUGGACCUCAGCGAGUGCGGCGGCUUUAUCACCGCUGUAUUUUGCAGUUCCAUGUUAUUGGCGACAUUGUGGCCCUCCAUAAGCAGUUGCGUACAACCUUGGCAGAGGGUGGUGUGGUCUUUGAAGAUGCCGGAACACCGUCUUCCAUUCCAGAUGAUGCGAGGUUUGCAUGUGAUUGGUGUGUUGCGCAGUUCGACACCAAACAGAAGCUGCAAGCCCAUCUGUGGACAGCUCACCAGAUCAUAUCAGAUGAACGGAAAUUCGUCUUUUCCGACACCUGCUUAGCAUGCCGACGCUGCUUUUGGUCUUCGGCUCGUCUGCAGCAACACCUUCGCCUUUCUAGGGCCAAUCCAGAUGGUUGUUAUGCCCAGAUGACAUGGAGAUUCGCGCCCUUGACAGAGGCACACGUGGUUGAGGUGCCUGAUGACUUGCGUGGUUUUGCUCGCCUACCUGCGCAAGCAGUUCCUAUGCCAUGCUCCUUACCAAUUGAAAACCAGUUCGCUACCAGGGCAGAUGCUGAAGCGGCUUUGCAGCGAGCGUGGGACUUGGAAGAAUUGCCACCACACCUGAACCUUCAGGUACGGCAAAAUGUGUUUGCACAAGCUGACCGACUCCUCAUGUCAUGGAAGCCCGAAGGCUGCCUUGAGAUUGAUCGACUCUUGUUUGCACUCACCUCCCUGACGAGCAAUGCUGAACAGGAAUGGGCGCUUUACCUAUGGUGUCGUGAAGCCUUACAUUUUCGCAGAUUUCAGCAUCUGACGCUUGAGGUUUUUCGACAUGUCAAACAGGAAAUUCAGAGUAUUGUGUUUGAUGCCCCCAUUGGUCGAUUACUGGAUUGGCACUUUCGCAUUAUGCAGGCUCAUCAACCUCAGAGCAUAGAUGAACGUGCCGACCAUGGAUGCUCUUUGCGAGACUUCGAACCUCUACUUGAUCCUGUUCAUAUGCAACAUCAGUGUCUUCAACAUGUUCUAUUGAGCGCUGCGCAUGUGCCGCCUUCACAAGCUGUUCCUAUUUCGAUUGAGAAUGGCGUACCCACCAUUUGGAUUUUACAUCUUUUCAGUGGUCGGCGUCGCCGAGGAGACUGUCAUUUCUGGUGUGAAUGCUGUCACGGAAUCCUCCCGGGGUAUGCCGUGCGCAUUUUAUCAGUCGACACCGCAAUCGAUGCAGAGCUUGGUAAUCUGGACCGUGGACCCGUUUUUGCGCGCAUGCUCAAGAUCAUCCAGAAGCGUCACUUUGCUGCUGGCCUCACGGGUCCACCGUGUGAGACUUUCAGUGCAGCCAGACAUUUGGUGUUGGAAGGAGAACGUCACCCUCGUCCAUUGCGUUCUUUUGACCUACCUUGGUUGUUGCAUGAUCGUUCACACCGUGAACUUCACCAGACGAUGGUUGGCUCCCGACUGCUUAUGCAUUCCCUCAUUGCUGAGGUGACCUUGGUGCUUGCGGGCGCCGGAUCGAUCAUGGAGCACCCCACGGAACAUCCAGAUGAACAGCGAGCCUCUGUGUGGCGAACACAAUGUCAUCGCGACUGGAUCAUGCAGCUUCCAGGAGCUUGGCCGCACCACAUUGAGCAAUGGCAGUUCGGCAGUGUGGGAGUUAAACCCACCACACUGCGAGCUUUGAACCUUGGGCCGCCGGAGGUUGUGAACCAGGCGCUGCGGGAGAACAUCGACCCGUUGCUGCUGCGGCCUUCGAAUCCUCUUCGUGGACGCCAAUCUGAUGGAUCAUUCCGCACGGCAGCAGCCAAAGAAUACCCCACUUUGCUGUGCCGUGCGUUGAUUGUUGCCACGCUUAAGGGCUUGAGGCACCGCCUCGCCCAGCAUGGCACGUUUCACGGCCCAGCCCUCUCGAAGGCGGAGACGGACUGGAUGACAUCACUGUACAGUGCAGCCUGCCAAUCUAACCUUUCAGGGACAUACCUCCCGGAUUUUCAGGGUUAGAAAUUCAAUGCAAUCUAACGCACGAGCAAGACUCAGAAGC